GAUCAGGCAGCAGGUACGGAUCGGGCACUGACGUGUCUGUUGCCUCGCCUCCUCCGCUCGCGUCUCUGGUGGGAGGGACUACGACGCAAGGAGAUGAGUGAGGAGAGGAGCAAGGAGAGGAAUCGAGGAGGGACAAAUUGAGAAAGGCCUCUCGUUUCGUCUCUCCUCGCAUGGUUUCCUAGACGCAAGGAAAAGACGCAUGCGAGGGAGACGUGGACGCAUUUAAGAGACUUGGGAUGCACCCUUGGACUCUUGCACUUCUAAUACAUCCAUGAUCUUGCAUAGCAAGAGCCCCAUCUAGCGUCUCUUUGCGGCAAUCUGCAUUUUUCCCCACAAUUUAUUACGGAAGUAGCCGGUGUGACGUCACUGAGGUCAAACGGGAGGAAAGAUGGCGAGCACCUAUGAGAGUUUCAACUUGCGCACCACACCAGAGAAGUUUUACAUCGAGGCGUGCGAUGAUGGCUCCGUGGAUGUCCUGGCUAUUGACAGAGUGUCAACUGAGAUGACUCUCACCGUGAGGAGGGACAUCCCUGCAUCCGCUGAGACCAGGCCAAUAUGUGGACUCAUGGGGACCAUACGUUUGGUUGCAGGCAUGUACCUGGUUGUCAUCACAAAAAAGAAGAAGGUGGGAGAUUUGCUGGGCCAUACUGUAUGGAAGGCUCUGGACUUUGACACCAUCUCCUAUAAGAAGACAAUACUACACCUGACAGACAACCAGAUGCAAGACAACAAGACUUUCUUGUCCAUGAUCAACAGUGUGCUUCAUACAGACGGCUUCUACUUUGCAACAGACUGUGACCUGACUCACACUCUGCAGCGUCUGGCCAACACCAGCCCUGAGUUUCAAGAGAUGAGCCUUCUGGAAAGGGCAGAUCAGCGCUUUGUCUGGAAUGGCCAUCUGUUGAGGGAAUUCAUUGCACAGCCAGAGCCCAGGACAUCACAGUUUUUCUCAACAGGAUGUAUACUCUACCCCAGAGGUCUGGCAACUUCUAGACAGCCUCUCACAUUUUUACACAAGUUUGUGUAUCCUGUUGUCCACGGUUUCAUCACCAUGAAGUCAAGCUGCAUUAAUGGAAAGGUGUUUGAGUGGAGUAUUAUCUCCAGGAGGAGCUGUUUCAGAGCUGGUGUCCGCUACUAUGUCCGAGGCAUUGAUUCAGAAGGCCAUGCUGCUAACUAUGUGGAAACAGAGCAGAUAAUGCAGUACAACAGUGCCAAGGCUUCGUUUGUUCAGACAAGAGGCUCCAUCCCCUUCUACUGGUCCCAAAGGCCCAAUCUCAAGUACAAGCCAAAACCACAGAUCAGCAAAACAGUCAAUCAUUUGGAUGGAUUCCAGAGACACUUUGACUCACAGAUUAUUCUUUAUGGAAGACAAGUCAUUUUGAACUUGAUCAACCAAAAGGGCUCAGAAAAGCCACUGGAGCUGGCAUUUGACAAGAUGGUGACCAGUUUGGGUAAUGGCAUGAUCAAGUAUAUAGCCUUUGACUUCCAUAAAGAGUGCAGUCGGAUGAGGUGGCACCGCCUGCAGAUCUUAUUGGACAUGGUUGCUGAAAUGCUGGAUGAGUUUGGAUAUUUCCUGGUGGAUGCAGAUGGGAAGGUGCUGAUGAACCAGGAGGGGACAUUUCGGAGCAACUGCAUGGACUGUCUGGAUCGUACCAAUGUCAUCCAGUGCCUGUUGGCCCGACGCUCGCUGCAGUCCCAGCUACGGAGAAUGGGAGUCAUCCACAUGGGCCAGCAGAUUGAAGAGCAGGCAGACUUUGAGAAGAUGUACAAGAACGCCUGGGCAGACAAUGCUGAUGCCUGUGCCAAGCAGUAUGCAGGUACUGGUGCCUUGAAGACCGACUUCACCAGGACAGGGAAGAGGACUCAGUGGGGGCUGCUGAUGGACGGCUGGAACUCGAUGAUCCGAUAUUACAAAAACAACUUCUCUGAUGGUUUUAGACAGGACUCUAUCGAUCUGUUCCUUGGGAACUAUGCUGUGGAUGAAGCUGAUUGGACCACUCCACUGCGUGACCCCAAAGACUGGAAGUUUCUGACGUUGCCUAUCGUCAUGGUGGUAGCAUUCUCCAUGUGUAUCAUCUGCCUGCUAAUGGCUGGUGACACGUGGACUGAGACUCUGGCCUAUGUUCUGUUCUGGGGAACAGCCAGCGUGGUGACGGGUGGCCUCAUCCUCUUUAAUGGACUAGACUUUGUAGAUGCUCCCAAGCUGGUCCAGAAAGAGAAGCUGGAUUGAAUGUGUGUGUGUGGAAAGCAGCUAGGCCCUGGCGAGCUCACCACCUCAUCCUCUAGUUCUUCAUCACUUUACCCCCAGCAUCAGCAGGCCUGGAGUCUUUACUAACAGAGGGUGGAGUGGAGUGGAGGAGGGUGGUGGGCACCAGGGCUAACCUCGUGUACUACAACGGUGGAAAGACAGAGACUGGGAGUGCACGGGCCUGCUGUUGUCCACACUGCAGCGACUGUCAUGUGGACAGGACUGUCUGUCCACAGGUUUUACUAGACACUGGACCUCUGGAGUUUGUUCUUACUGGAUGUCAUUGUUCCUGAUUUCAGAGGAAUACUGUGGGACCUAUGUAAAAUUUCAGUUUUUGUCCCAUAGCAUUCCCUUAAUGGAUGCAUAGGGAUCAGAUUCAGAACAGCUACUGUCACAGCACAGCUGUAAAUUAAUUACUGUACGUACUGUUAAUUUGCCUUUUGUCUUUGCCAAUAUAUGUACCCAUGUACAGUUGCUGUCUCCCAGGUUAACGCUGCCUGUUUUGAUGUCUGCAUUUCAAGACCAGUAAUGGGUCCAUAAGAUUGUCCUGUUCCAAAGGCUCCAAGAAAUCCGGCAUUCUUUUGCCACAAUUUAAUUGACACAGCCAGUGGAUGUCUUCAGUAACCCAAAUAUCUAUUGGCAAAUUGUUGAAUAGUGCAUUUGAGCGGCCUUUAUCACUUCAUAUGGUCAGCAAAUAUAUCAGGUAUAUAUUUAACAUGUGUUUGGGAUUAGGUGGUCAUCAGUCACUGGUAGUUAUCAACACACAGUAAAAAUCAUCAUAUGAAGUUGAUCAAUGAAAAAGCCACCGCAGAGUGUAAAUAAUACUGUAGAAGACAGACAUAAACUCCAUGGUUUGUUUCUUGUCAGUGCCCUGUUUAGCACUACAUGUAGGCUGUUAGAAAGAAAUUGAAGGAUUUGGAUAUAUUCACCAAUAACCUGGUAACAUUUCUUGUCAGUCAGUAUAACUGACUGUAAAUUUAUGUGUCAUGGAACUUGCCACAUUUAUUUACCAUAAAAAGUAAUUUGUGCGCAGAAAUUAGUAUUUCUUGCUCUCUAUUUACUUAAUUCUUGCUCUCAUAUUAAUCAUUUGUGAGCAGGAAUAAACAGAACAUAUUGUUAAACAGUAUUGUUUACAUCUUAAUGUUAACUAUUUAAAGGGAUGUCAAAUGUCAAAGAUAUUAACAUGCUUAAUCUGAAGCUUGUUUCAGUUGUAGAGGAGCACCCAGAACAUUAGUGGCAGGGCAGGAGCUAUGUUGGUAUUGAGGUGCCUAUAUGUAAUGAGUUAAUUCCUUCAUAAUACUAUCAUUAGUUGUCAUUCAUUCAUUCCAUUUGUCCUUGUACCCUCCACACAAAGAAAUACAGUUGUGGUGCUAUAUUGGAUGUUUCAGCAAUACUGGUCAGCUUUGACUGCUAUCAGUUAACUGCUCAUGGACAAUCUGAUUUGGGAGGGAGAUGCGUGGAUAUACUUCAGAUUUUGCCUGGUAGGCAGUGUUGUGUGACCUCUGGCAUUCCUUAAAUAUAUAUAUGUUAAAUAUGCAAUAAAAAAAUCAAUAUUGUUUAAUGUUAUGUUCUGUUAAGUAGUGUAAUUUGAGAGCACUAAUUUGUGCCCUUGAUUAAAAAAAAUUUCCCUCUGA